GUAUUGGUGGUGUUCAAGAUGGCCGUAAUCAACAUUUGGUAGCAACCAAUUUGUUGCAUCUAGAAAACGCGAUUGUGGUGAAUCUUGAUGGGCUUCAAUUCACAGAUGAUGUGUUCAAGAGCCUAAUCAAGAGGGCAAGGAAAUUGAAGGUUCUCACUAUUAAGCGUAAUGGGUUGAUCCAUGGGACACCAAUCUUGCCAAAGGACUCAGUUUUAGAGAAGUUGACUAUUCACGACAAUUCUUUGUUCUCGAAAAUUGACCGCUCUAUUGGGAAUUUGAGGUGUCUGACUCACUUGAGGGUUGAGUCCUGCCACGAACUUAGAAAAUUGCCUAAACAAAUUGGAGAGCUACGGAGUCUGCGGCACCUCUCUCUUAAGUUUUGUUUUGGCUUGAUUGAACUCCCCGACUCAGUUUCGAAAUUAGAGUCGUUAACGAAGCUGGAUGUAUCAGGCUCGAACAUUACAAGAUUACCAGAUUCCAUUGGUAGACUAGCAAAUUUGUCAUAUGUAGAUGUAUCAAGCACACCAAUUGAAGAACUGCCCAGUACAAUGAGCAAGCUUCGUCAACUCCGAACACUGGACUUGCAUGCUUGUGAUGAGAUACAAGAGUUGCCGAAGCUCCCCAUAAGUUUGACCGCUUUGCUACUGACAUCUACUUCGUUGUUGACUGUCCCUAAUCUCUCGUAUCUUACUAAUCUAGUUGAGCUGGUCCUUUCCGAUGGCUCUGAUUCAAUGGCCAGAUCAAAUAUAAUUCAAACUUGCGACUUACGGUGGAUUGGGAAGUUAUUCAAACUGAGCAAACUGCGCUUUUGCUUUCCAAAUGUCCGCGCACCAACUAUAGAGUGGGGUUCCCUUUCUCGGCUGAAAGAACUUACUCUAUAUGGACUGGACUUGCCAACUUUCAAACAAUUUCCAUCAAAUUUGAUAGUUUUAGAGCUCUACGACACUCGAGGAAAACAAGUACACCUCGACAGGCUUCCUCCAUCGGAAAAGGAGACGGUUUCAUCAAGUUCGAGAAAAUCGAGAGAAAACAAGGUGCACGAGCAACAUGAUGUUCAAUCACUCGAUGUCUUAGAAUCGUCAGAGAGAUCACUUAUUCAGGAUUGCAAAUCUUCCGAGUGGUUGGCUUGCCUGCCGGAGGAGCUGGGGUGCAAUGAACUACAAGCUCCUGAGUUGAUUGAUCAUUGGACGGGAGCCUUCCAUUAUCCAAGCUCCCUAAAGAUGCUUCGAAAAUUCAUUCUGUCGGGGUUCCCAGAGUUACAGGAUAUUCAAUUUGUUUCUACGUUGGAAUCAUUGGAAGAAUUUUCCGUUCGAGACUGCUCUUCAUUAAAAAGCUUAGGCGGUUUGUCAAACUUGAAGAAUUUGAAGGCUUUAAGUAUUAUCCGGUGCAUGAGCCUACAGGUUGUCGAGGGCAUUGAAAAAUUAGAGUAUUUCUAUGAAUUGAAAAUCGACAAGUGCAGAUUAAUGGAAAGAAUUUUUGAUGCAUCAAUACACAUAACAUAUAGUGCUUCUUUUUCCCAACUUGAUCGGGCCGUCCAUCGUCCUCACGAUCCGUCAUUGAUCCCGAGAUCAUCAAGUACAACAGCAAGCAAUGAUGACCCAAGCCCCCUAAAGAUGCUUAAAAUAGUCCGUCUAUCGAGGUGCCGGGAGGUACAGGAUAUUCAAUUUGUUUCUACAUUCGAAUCAUUGAAAGAUUUUUAUGUUGAAGAGUGCUCUUCAUUAAAAAACUUAGGCGGUUUGUCAAACUUGAAGAACUUGAGGCUGCUAUGGAUUGUCCGUUGCUCGAGCUUACAGGAUAUUCAAUUUGUUUCUCCAUUCGGAUCAUUGGAAGUAUUUAAAGUUCAAGAAUGCUCUUCGUUAAAAAGCUUAGGCGAUUUGUCAAACUUGAAGAACUUGAGACUGUUAACGAUUGGCGAUUGCUCGCGCUUACAGGUUAUCGAGGGCAUUGACGAAUUUGAGUUUUUGGAGUGGUUCGUAAUUAAUGGGUGCAGAUCAAUGAAAAUGAUUUUUGACGCAUCGAGCUUAAAAAUACGAAAUGAGUGCCACACAUACAUACGACGUAGCGGGGAGUUACCCGACAGUGGUCGUAUCUCUUGGGAGUCUUACAGAGAGAUUCUGCAGAAAACGGUUCCGUCGUCCGCGAGUUUGAAGUUCGUCGUCCGCGAGGUUCAAGUUUGA